AUGUCCACAGAAGAGCGCGAGAGAAGCAGAGUCAUACUCUUUGAACGAGGAGUGACGACAGUUCCAUUUGAAGAUAAUAAUGGGACGACAUAUGAAAGAGUAGUCCAUUCAUUCCGUAUUCCUUCCCUUAUUGACGUGGAUGGUGUGAUGGUCGCCAUCGGUGACGCCCGUUAUAAUACGUCUAGCGACAACUCCUUUAUCGAGACAGUGGUAAAGUUCAGUGUAGACGAUGGGAAGACGUGGGAAACACAAAUUGCAGUGAAGAACACUCGUGCGAGUAACGUUUCUCGUGUGGUGGACCCUACAGUCAUCGUAAAGGGGAACAAGAUUUACAUGCUUCUGGGAAGAUACAACAAGUCGACCAAUAACUGGAAUCAGCACACUACUGGAAAUGAUUGGGAGCCUGUGCUUUCUGUUGGUGAGGUUAAGAAGACAACGAUAGAUGGUAAGGUGAACGCAACGAUUACAUGGACCGAUCCUGUCUCACUAAAAUCUAUUUUCCCUGAAGAGAUUGCAGGUAGGUCAUUAAAAGAAUAUCUUGGCGGUGUAGGGGUUUCUAUUGUAACAACGAACGGUACUCUUGUGUUCCCAGUCCAGGCAAUGAGUUCAAUUGGGAGGACCACUGCAAUGAUUAUGUAUUCUCAGGAUGAUGGUGAAACAUGGAAGUUCGCAAACGGUAUCACUGCACUGGAUUGCACUGAAUCUUCUAUUCUUGAAUGGGAGGGGAAGCUCAUCAUGAACACUCGCGUUGACAUUGGCUACCGCAAAGUCUUUGAGUCCACAGACCUGGGGGAGACAUGGACAGAGGCUGUUGGUACACUCUCCCGAGUGUGGGGCAACUCACCAUCACGUAAAGGACCUGGUAGUCAGAGUCCCUUCAUUCCUGUAACGAUUAAGGGGAAGCGUGUGAUGUUGUUUACACACCCCCGGAAUUUCAAGGGUAGAUGGAACCGUGACCGACUCCACCUAUGGGUAACGGACAACAACCGCAUAUUUGAUAUUGGUCAGAUUUCCAUUCGUGAUGAGAACGCCGCCUACAGUUCACUGCUCUACAAGGAUGACAAGUUGUAUUGUUUGCACGAAACCAAUCUUCAGGAGAAUUACAGUCUUGUUUUUCUGGAGCUAAAAGAAGAACUAAACUUGAUCAAGUCAGUGGUGAAGACCUGGAUCAAGCAGGACAAGAACUUUUCAGACAUUUGCACCCCAGUCAACCCAAAGACACAGGCUGGUGCAAGUGACUGCGACCUCCCGUUCCCCACUGCUGGACUUGUUGGCUUCCUUUCCGAUGGUGGUGACGGUAAACAGUGGAAGGACGCGUACCGCUGUGUGGACGCCAGGGUGAAAAAUGCCAAGAAGGUUCCCAAUGGUAUGAAAUUCAAAGGAGUUGGUGCAGGGGCACUUUGGCCAGUAGGUAAGCAGGGACAGAACCAGCGAUACCAUUUUGCAAACUACAUGUUUACGCUGGUAGCAACGGUACAGAUCGUUGAGCUACCAGAAGUCGGCAACCCAGUCCCACUAUUGGGAGUGAGUUUGGAUGAGGCUGGUCACAAGAAGCUUCUGGGACUCUCAUUUAACAGCGACCAGCAGUGGAACCCAAUAUGCGGGAAGAUUAAAGCCGCACCUAACGGAUCGUGGGAACUGAACAAGGCAUACCAGGUGGCACUCACUUUUGAACACGGAGUGGGUUCGAUCUAUGUUGACGGGGAGCCCUUGGCAUGCUCAGGGGAGAAGCUUCAAUACGAUACAAGGUCCCUCGCUGUUUCACACUUCUACAUUGGUGGAUAUGGAACCAGUGAACUGGAGACGGAUGGCCAUGUAACAGUGACCAACGUUCUUUUAUACAACAGACAACUGAACCAGAGCGAACUCAAAACC